UUACUUUAUCUUCCAUCAUUGUUCGUUUCAAGUUUUGAGUUGAUUAGAUUGAUUAUAUUUACGUAUAGGAUAUUACAUUCCGUUACUAUUCAGUGUUCACAUUUACUUAAGUCAAACAACAUGUUACAAUUGAAUUCACUAAUAGAGGGGUGUGAUUUAAAUACACAGGAAGGUAUCGAUGAAGCUUGCCGGCGAGUAACUUACAGAGAAAAAGAGAUCGAUGUCCGCCUUGAGGGCAUCCUCUCACAACAAUGUCAACUGGAAGCAAAGAUGCGCAACAUCGGAAUCGCCCUAGGAAAUUUAGCGUUAGUGGCGGAUAAAGGUCGCAAUCUUUCAACGAUGAUUGAUCAUACAUCGCAGCUGGCGGAAAACGUCAGCGCAAAAGUGCGUCGACUGGACGAAGCAAGAAGUCGUGUUUCCGAGUGCCAGCAAAGAGUGCACGAUCUUAUAGACUUGCAACUGUGUAGUCAGGGUGUAAUCGCAGCCAUAAAGGAAGAAGAUUUCGAAAAAGGAGCCAUACAUGUUAAUCGGUUUCUUUCGAUGGACAAAAAUCUUCUGCAAAAAACAGCUGAUGACGUGUCUGGAUCGAUAACUUCCGUUCGAAAAGCUGUUUCUACACUGGAACAAGCAACGACACAGAUCCGCGAUGUCGUUUGUCAAAAGUUUGAUGAUGCAGUCAAAAAAGAUGAUUUGGCCUCGGUAGAGCGAUUCUUUAAAAUUUUUCCUUUACUUGGAAUGCACGAUCAGGGAUUGGAAAAAUUUAUGACUUAUAUUUGCUCAAUGCUACAAGUGAAAGCUCAAAAAGAACUGCGAUCAUCUAUGGAUAUUGCUAAAGCGGAAAAACGCACUACGGUUGCGUAUUCUGACACACUCACAGUUCUUUUAGAAAACAUCGCCCGCGUAGUAGAAGUUAACCAAGCAAUCAUUGAAAACUGUUACGGAGCGGGGAGAUUAACCCAAGUAGUGUCCAUCUUACAACGAGAAUGUGAUGAAGAAGUCGUUCAACUUAUACUGGAAUUCAACAAAAAUCGACAAAUCGGUAGAAGAGUGACGCAAAUUAAUGAUUACAUAAAAAAUUCUGGGAGUACAUCGGCUGUAGGCCAUUAUCGGAACACAUCUGGUGGUGGAUCGGUUGAUAAACUGAAUGCGAAAGAUAUUGAUGCCCUCAUUGGUGAAAUAACAAUCAUUCAUUCGAGGGCUGAAUUGUAUAUAAAGUUUGUCAAACGCCGAUGUUUGUCCGAUCUCGAAAAAAGUUCUCUGGAACCAGAUACUCAGGCAGCAAAGCUGAAAUCUUUGAAUGAGUUGAUUGAAAAGUCCCGAUUGAGUACGCAAAUGCAGGAAAUUCUUGGGACAUAUUUACUUUUUGAGCGUUAUUUCAUGGAAGAAAGUGUCCUAAAAGCAAUAAUUUUGGACAGCAUUGAAGCGGGGCAGCAAUGCUCCAGCAUGUUGGAUGAUGUAUUUUUUAUUAUUCGAAAGUGCAUCCGACGCUCGAAUGGAACACAAUCACUGGACGGAGUGUGUGCUGUUGUUAAUAACGCUGCCAGUUGCUUGGAACAAGACUUCAUAAAUGCUUUGAAAUCACCUCUAAAAUCUGGUUACCCUACGGGUUACAUAGACCUAGCCCAAUCGGCGCUUCAAAGUUCAAUCCAGCAAGGGCGACUUCAAACUAGUGACGUUGAACAGGCACGUGCAAAAUUUUUGACAACCUUAAAUAAUGCUGAUAUGUCCACCGAGUUUAUAGAAACUCUGUGGUCGAUGAUGGCCGAUGAAAUAAAACUGAAUUUCCCCGCUAUGACUCCGCGGGAAAAGGAGAAACUUGAUAGUUGUUUGUCAGGACUAAAAUCGGUGGGAGACUCUUUGAAAGCGUUAGUAGACUUCGGUCUACAGCAACUGCGAGCCUCUGCCAUUAAACCUCGUUUGCAUCCGUGGGUUGACCAAUUUGUCAAUCACAAUCACAACCUCACAGAGGAAGAGUUGGCAUCGUAUGAAGCUGGGGAAACUUUUAUACAAUUCCUGAUAGUGCAAGUCGACGCCUUAUUAACGGUGUUCAAAACUGCCCUCACACCGAGAAAUUAUGAUGGAUUGGUUAGUAUCGUUACUAGUGAAGUUACAAGUCGCCUAGAGCGAGUUAUCAAAAAAUCUACCUUCAAUCGGCUUGGUGGACUAGUUUUAGACCAGGAAGCUCGAGCAUUGGCUUCAUUCCUUACGGGAGCUACAUCCUGGUCCGUUCGCGAUAAGCUUGCCAGAUUGCAACAGAUAGCGACAAUUCUGAAUCUAGAGAGCGUUUCAGAAUUACCAGAAUAUUGGGAUUCGUCUUCAACAACGUGGCGUCUUACACCUAGCGAAGUCCGGACAAUUCUUGCGUUGAGGCUGGACUUCAAAAUAGACGACAUCAAAAAGUUGAAACUUUAAACGAUGAAUGUAAGUAUUUCUGCUUAGUUAGAGAAAUAUAUACCCUCUGAAGAUAACA